GAACAGGAAACUGAGCAGGAAAUAUAUGGUUUCUAAUGCCAUAUUAAUCGACAACAUAUUCUUCGUUUUUUGAACCUUUCUCUGUACUUACUCUGCUCAACUCCUUUCGUUCGCGCAGCGGCGAUCGAAGUUUUUUUCAGGAUUUUUGUGCAGUGUUAGGUUAACAAGUUACAUUCUUUCAAGAUUUGCACCUAGAGGCUAGAGCCUACUCUAACGGUUGAUGUCAUCCAGCAAUUCUGAGUUUUUUAGUGGAUCUUCUGAGUCAGUUUUGUACUGUCCAAUCACGCUGUAUCUUUACGGUAGCAAUGAACGUGUUAUAAACUUGUCCUGGUAGUCUGAUAACACAAUCAUGUGGUUUUACGUCUUUACGGUAUAAAACCAAUCUGGAUUUAUUAAAACGUGACAGCUUCACUUAUCACUUGGGUUUUUGAGUUUUGAAUUUGAUAUUCUGAUAUUCAUAUUAUUGUUUAAUGCCGUAACAUGCAAGCGGGUGGAGAAUUUGAUCCCAAUUUCGACCGAAAAGUGCGUAAAGUUGCGGAGAAGAUAUCGGAGAACGUGCACAACAUUCUUAACGAACCAUCCCUCGGUUUAUACCGAAUACAAGAACAUGUUCGCAAAUCCAUGCCUCUUCUGGUCUCCAAGAAGAUGGAAGCGUCCCAGCAGCUACAGCAACUGCAGGGCGCCUGCUACGAUAUGGAGCUGACGCUGAACGCGACGAAGGGCCUCCUGGACAGUCGCAAACACUUCGCCUCCGUGCACGACAUGAUGAAAAAUUCCAUUUUCCAUGCACAGCAAAUCCAGUACGAGAAGACACGCAGCAUGAACGCGGAAAUCCAGCAACGGGGACGCGCGGGCGGAAGCAAAUUGACGCCCGGAUCGAUGUCGGUGGAUAUCGCGGAUCGCAGCAGUCGCUUGCCGCGCUCACCAGCCGCCAUCAAGGCAAGUCGAACUCUUCACGGUCUCCAAGCGGAAACCGCGUCCGGUGGUGGGACAUCACCUGGAUCAUCGGUGUCGCGCAGUGUUUCCCACGAUCUCAAAGUGUCUCCCGCACCGUAGUGCAGGGUGUUGGGGUGCUGGUCGUCGGUGAUUGUAUAGAUUGGUCGAUACCUGGAGUGACGAUCUGAUUGUGUACUCUUUUUUAUUGCGUUCCGUGUUUUAACCAAAUGUUGUCUGUGGUUGAGUUAUAUGUACAUGAUUUACAAUUGUUUAGAUUAAAUCUUGUAAUUGACGCCUUUACCGUAUACUAUACAUAAAUACAAAUUAGGUGAUUUUAAUUCGUUACUGUAUUUGUUAUGAGCAUCUUUCUUUCAGUAGCCUGAAGCUUCUAGUUCCGGUUCCUUUACCGGUUUACCCUUAUUUUUUUGUACUGAAGAUUGAAAGUUUGAAGCUGAAUUUGGGUGACUUGUACAGUAUGCUUGACACGUAUUAAAUUAAUAUUUAA